UAUGUCAACAAAACAAAGUAGAAGAGCCCCGAAAUGCUGUGGUAUCGAAGUACCUAACAUAGAUGCUCUCAAUCGUUCAAAAUUAUCUCGACGUCUACUUUCUGGCGUUUCUGACGAAAACUACGCAGUCAUUACUCGUGAUUCUGCAUCAACGUCGUGUGUAACUGUUAAGGAUGGCCAAAUAAGAUUGGGAGACUUGGGUAUAGUGGAUCCAAAGGCAUUAGUUGCCAGAAUAUUUAGAUUUGGAGACGCCCCGCCAAGUUUCGAAUUGAAAAAGCAUCCUUGGAUUUGCAAGGACUUAGAGGAAGGGUUCGUCUGUAUUAAUCCUUGGCAUUCUAGUAUUACGUCAGAAAAACCCCCACCUGCCUACGAUGACGUCAUGAGAGGCGAAACUUUUAAAAAUACACCAUCUAUUUCGUCCAGAUCGACUAGUGUAAGAAGUAGCAUUGCUACUAUCUGCUCUAUAGACGAUCCUAACUUAACUACAUGGGCUAGAGUACGAUACUGGGAAGAAAGGACACCAAUUCAUAGAACUUAUCACAUAACCUCAUCGACCGUCCACGUUUCAGAUGGACCCAGAACGGAGACUGGUGCCGAACACCUCUGCUUAGGGGUUCUCCAUUCGACGGAUGCCGAAGCGAGUAUAGACAGAACUAGAGCAAAAAUUGGACGCGGCGUAUGCCUAAGUAAGGAAGAUGAUGGAAUUUGGGUCUACAAUCUCUCUGAUCACCCCAUUUUCGUGCAUUCCUGUAACGACCCAUUUUCUGUGAGAAGAUUAGCACCGAAACAUUGCGUAAAUGCCUUUUCAACGCUCGCGGAUCUUACAUCCCGAAAGCAAUGCCCUUGUUCCAGAGCUAUCCCAGGUCCUGUGGAUCAUCGGGCCUUAAGGAUUUCGUUCGCCAAAGGUUGGGGACCAGGUUACAAGAGACUAGAUGUCACACAGUGCCCUUGUUGGUUAGAAGUUCUCUUAAGGAGAGUGGAAGAAGCUAGGGCGCCUCCUCUACCUCCUAAAUCAUAA